GGCGGGCGCUAGGCCGCAGCAGCAGCCGGGCAGCGUGGCGGGCCUCGGCCUCGGCGAGGGCUCCGCCAUGCCGCUGCUGUUCCUGGAGCGCUUCCCCUGGCCCAGCCUCCGCACCUACACGGCGCUCAGCGCCCUGGCCCUGCUGGGCACCGGCCUCAGCGCCUACCGCGCCCUCAGCCAGGGCCCCGGCUCUGCCCAGCCGGGCGGCGCGGCGGAGGGGGCCGAGCCGGCCGACACCCCGCAGCUCGGCGGGCCGCGGGCCGUAGACCUCGCCGUCUACCUGCUUUCCGACAGCCUCUGCGUCUGGGUGCUGGUGAACACUGCCUGCUGCUUCCUGAUGCUGGUGGCUAAGCUCAUCCAGUGCAUGGUGUUUGGUCCUCUGCGUGUCAGCGAGAGGCAGCAUCUCAAGGACAAGUUCUGGAAUUUCAUAUUUUACAAGUUCAUCUUCAUUUUUGGUGUGCUGAAUGUUCAGACAGUGGAAGAAGUGGUGAUGUGGUGCCUCUGGUUCUCCGGGCUUGUGUUUCUUCAUCUGAUGGUUCAGCUCUGCAAGGAUCGCUUUGAAUAUCUUUCCUUUUCUCCAACCACUCCCAUGAGCAGCCACAUCAGAGUCCUGACCCUGCUCAUAGCCAUGAUCCUGUCCUGCUGUGGACUAGCAGUCAUCUGCGCAGCUGUCGGCUACACCCAUGGCAUGCACACGCUGGCUUUCAUGGCAGCAGAGUCCCUGCUUGUGACAGUCAGAACUGCUCACGUCAUUUUACGAUAUGCCAUUCACCUCUGGGACCUGAACCACGAAGGAACAUGGGAGGGCAAGGACACUUAUGUCUACUACACAGACUUUGUCAUGGAGCUGACCUUGCUUUCACUGGACUUGAUGCAUCACAUCCAUAUGCUGCUCUUUGGCAAUAUCUGGCUGUCCAUGGCCAGCCUGGUGAUCUUCAUGCAGCUGCGCUACCUCUUCUACGAGGUGCAGCGAAGGAUUCGGCGCCACAAGAACUACCUGCGUGUGGUUGGAAACAUGGAAGCCAGGUUUGCUGUUGCCACACCAGAGGAGCUGGCAGCCAACAACGACGACUGUGCCAUCUGCUGGGACUCCAUGCAGUCUGCACGGAAACUGCCUUGUGGCCACCUCUUCCACAGCUCCUGCCUGAGGUCCUGGCUGGAACAAGAUACAUCUUGCCCCACCUGCAGAAUGUCCCUCAAUAUUACUGACAGCCAGCACGUGAGGGAGGAUCAACAAAGGGAAAACCUGGAUGAGAACGUGGUGCCCGUGGCAGUGGCGGAAGGCAGACCGCGCCUGAACCAGCACAAUCACUUCUUCCACUUCGAUGGCUCUCGGAUUGCCAGCUGGCUGCCCAGCUUCUCAGUAGAAGUGAUGCACACCACAAACAUCCUUGGGAUUGCCCAGGCCAGCAACUCCCAGCUUAAUGCUAUGGCCCAUCAGAUCCAGGAGAUGUUCCCUCAGGUUCCCUAUCAUUUGGUCCUACAGGAUCUGCAGCUAACUCGCUCUGUAGAGAUCACCACUGACAACAUCCUGGAAGGGCGCAUCCAAGUACCUUUCCCCACACAGGCUACUUCAACCUCGGAGACAGGCACUGCCGAUGAAGCAGCGGACCAGCCCCAGCCCGUCUCGGUCACCACUGUGACUCAAGAGGAGGAUGAGGAGGAAGAAGAAGAGGAGGAGGAGGAGGAGGAGGCAGAACCCGAGGUGGUGACGGUAGAACGCCUAUCCCCGAGUCAGAUUCGGGAGAUCUGGAAGAAGUUCCACCGCCAGCCGGGCGAGGAGGUGGCCACCUGGCUGCUGCGCUGCUGGGACGGCGACGUCAGCGACGUCAGGGUGCCGCGCAGGGACGCUUGGAGGCUGGCAGGCCUGCCCGGGAACCGCAAGAUCGACCUCGACAAAGAAAAACGCUUCUGCAACUUGUGGCGGCGACUGCUGCGGGCAGUGAAGGAAGCUUACCCCUUCCAGGGAGACCUUGUGCCCAAGCUGCAGACCUGGCCCACCAUGGAGAGGGGGAUCCGGUACCUGCGGGAGCUGGCCAUAGUGGAGUUGAUUUACCUGGACAGCAAGGCGCUGGUCAGAGAUCCAGAUGAGCUGACCUGCACGGAGGCCAUGUGGGACAGGUUCGUCCGCGCCGUGCCCCCGCGCUACGCCGGCGCCUUCAUUUUCCGCUUCUGGAAGUACGGAGCGGGGAAGGUCGUGGGUGACCUGACACAGUGGCUGCAGGAGCAGGAGGAGAGUCUGCGCUGCCCUUUCAUCUCGGAGCAGGAAGACCUCCUGCUCAAACAGUUGCUGUCCUGCUCGCCGCCCGCCCAGCGCCGCGCCUCGGCUCCCAGGCGCAGGCGUUCCCCCGCGCAGGAGAGAGCUUACAGCGGGCACACCUCGCGGGGCGACCUCUGGUUUUACCUGCUCGACCACGGAGAGGACAUGAGGAAGUGGGAUGGCAAAGCCACCUCUGUCCUAAAGGCGCGGGUACGGGAACUGCAAGGCAAACCAGCCCCGCAAAGGGCUUCUGCCAGGAGAAUGCCUGCUGCUGCCUGCCGGGGGCACUUCCCCAGGCAGCGCAGGAGGCCUGACCUGCCUGCCGAGCUCUACUUGGAGGCUGCCAGUAGCGAGUACUCUGAUGAGGACUAGAGGGGCCCUGCCUCCAGCCAGGUGGAGGAAGGGGUGACUGGAUUUACUGGACUCUAGCUUUGAUGGCCCUGGCACAUCACAGUAGUGAAAGGCUGUAGUAGAUAGCUGUGCACAGUGUACCCCAACGCCACCCGGCUGCUGUCGAGGAGCAGGACCCAGCUCUAUUUCUGGAGGGAUGAGGGCAUCCCCACGGCUGACUGUACUGGAGAAGAAGAGUGAGUUGAACUGGGAGCAAGCACCUUGUUGCGACUAGCCCAGAGGCCCCAUGCCUCCUUGGCACAGACUGUCUCAGAAGAGAGCAUUUCAGUGACCCAAGGAUGGGCUCUUGGUAGAGCUGCUUCGAAGAUGGAGAAGCUUACACAGCUGUUUGUCUCUCAGAGGUGCAGAAGAACAGGUUGAAGGGGCGAAGAACAGCAGGUGCCAGGUGCUACCACAGCAGUGCACUGAUGGCAAUACUGUACCAGCUGAGAAUCUCCAACUCCCAUCCAGAAGGUGAUUCAUCAACUGGAGAGCCAGGGCAUGAUCAGCAAAACUUGCUCACCCUUCAGCAGCUCACUGUGGCCAGCCUGGAAGUCUGAUGGGGAAUGAGACUGGCAGUAAACUACUGUGGCCUGAGUGAGGUUAUACCAGUGACUGGUGCUGCCACGCUGGCUGUGCUGGAGCUUCAAUACCAGCUGGAGUCAAAGGCAGCCAAGCUGGUGACAAGUGACAUCACUAACAUGUCUUUCUCAGAGCCUGUGGCAGCAGAGUGCAGGCCACAGCUUCAUUUUCCUUGGAGGGAUGUUCAGUGUGCCUGGAAUUGACUUCCCCAGGAGAGGAAACACAGCCCCACCAUCUGCUGUGGACUGCAGUGGAGCAGGAUGGAGCUCCAGAGCAGCUGCAGUGCAUUGAUGAUGUCAUUGGAUGGGAUGACACAGCAGAAGUCUUUUGAGAAAGGGAAGAAAACAGAGUCCCAGGCAGUGUGCAGUCAGCCAGGGCAGCUGCCCAGAGCUGGCUCACAGAUGCAUCCCAGGCCAUAAACAUUGGUUCAGAGGAAGAAGUUUGCUGAGGAUAGAGAGGUCCUUCUGUUUGGGUUCCUGCUCCUUCUGCUUAUGUCUCUUCCUGCUCCUUCUCCUGCUUCUCCCCAUCCCUGGAGGAGCUUGCUCACAGUCCUCCUCCUGAGGCCUGCUUUCCCCUGUGUUGUGACACUGUACAUUGGCCAGGCUGAGCAGGACUCUGUACACUUUCUGUUGGCAUUGAUCUCAGUUUGGCUGCUUGAUUAAAUCCCUUCAUAUUUCAUGGCUCUCUUCUUCUUUUCCUGAUCCCCCUUCCUGCGUGGGGAGAGAUCAUAGGGUGAUGGAGCAGCUGCUGUGGUUUAUCCCUGGAUACAGGCUCAGUGUAGACAUGCACAUAGAGAACAGGCAGAGGGAGAGAGUUAUUCCUGCCUUGGGCAAAGACACAUCCAUCCAUGAGGCUGCUUUUGUUCAAGGACCUGGGUGCACUUAGUGGGUAAGGUGGGAAAGUCCAAUCUGUACCUCAAAGGGGGGAUCUGGUUUUGGGGUAAUGUCAUUGCUGUGCCGUGCUCUAUGCUCUGGUUACUCUCUGCCAAGUGAAGAGUCUUACAGUAAGGAUCACCCCAGAGUAAUGAAGAACAAAUUUGGACAGAACCCAAACUGGUUGCAGCAUGCAAGAAUCCACCAGCACACACUCUCUCUUCUGCCCUGAGGGAGACUAAUUCUGUGACUGCUAUGGAGCCCAAGCAGUCGUGGACUAAAACCCACUCAGGAGACAUGUUAGAGGAGUGUCCCAUAGACCAAGGGAGUGAUGGCUCUGUGUGUGUAGGAGAGAUGGUGGUGAUUCAUCUGAGUGCUUUGGAAAGUAUGAGACCUGGGCAUGAUGGAGAUGGUAUAGAAUAAGGGUGGAUCUGGUCCUGGUUUUGGCUGGGAUAGAGUUGAUGUUCCCAAAGCUGGUGCAGUGCUGUGGUUUGGAUUGAGGGUAGCAGUUGUGAUCACUCCUGGGUUAGGUGUUGCUGAGCAGAGCUUACACUAAGUCAAGGACUUGCCAUCCUCUCCCACUGCCUGGCCAGCAAGCAGGCUGUGGGGCACAAGGAGCUGGGAGGGGACACAGCCAGGACAGCUGAACCCCACUGGCAAAGGGAUAUUCCAUACCAUAGGACAUCUUGGCCAGUAUAGAAACUGGGGAGGGGAGAAAGCUGACCAGGGGUUGCCUGCUCAAGGAACAGGCUGGGAAUUGGCAGGCUGGUGUUGAGCAACUGUUCCUCAGUAGCAUUGUUUGGUUUUCUUGGGCUUUGUUUCUCUCUGUCUCUCUUUCUCUGGUUGGGUUUGGGGUUUGUUUUGUUAGGGGUGGGUUUGUUUUUUCUUCAUUACAAUUUAUCAUUAUAAUUAGUGUUGGCUUUUAUUUUCUUCAAGUUAUUAAACUGUUCUUAUCUCAA